AUGCAGCCCCGCAGAGAGAAAGUGGACGCAGCUCCGCGCCUGCAGCUCUUCAACUGCACGAACGCGGACUGCGGGGCCACGUUCACGCGCAAGUGGCGUCUAGACGAGCACGAGACAGUCCACACGGGCAAGCGGCCCCUCAAGUGCACAGUGGAGGGCUGUGGGCGGAGCUUUUCACGUAAAGCCCACCUGAACAGACAUGCACACAAACACGACGAGAAAAGGAUCAGGUGCAGCGUGGCGAGCUGUGACAAGAGCUUCUACAGUAAAGACAGACUGAAGAGACACGUCCGCUACGCACACGGAGACAAGGACAAGUACUUUAAGUGCACCUUCCCCGGCUGUCAGAUGACGUUCCGGAAGCGGCGCGUGCUGAAGCUCCACCUGGCUGGUCACGGUGUCUCAGCGCGUUUCAGGUGCUCUAAGGCUGGAUGUGGAAUGACCUUCGGAACGCAUGUCGCUCGGAAAGCUCACGAGAAAACUCACACAGGCUACCGCUGUCCUCAUGCCGACUGUCAGGUGGUUGAGCACACCUGGGGAAAACUCCAGAAACACGCCGCCAAACACCCAGCUUCUUUCUCGUGCGGCUCGUGUAAGAAGGCGUUCGGUAAGCGCGAUGCUCUGCGGAGGCACCGGCGGACCCACGCCCUGCAGAAGCCCGUCCUGCUGUGCCCGAGCGAAGGCUGCCAGGCCUACUUCUCCACCACCUUCAACCUGCAGCACCACAUCCGCAAGGUCCACCUCAAGCUCCUCCGCCACACCUGCUCCUUCCCCGGCUGCACCAAGGCCUUCGCCAUGCGGGAGAGUUUGGUGCGUCACCUGCUUCAUCACGACCCUGAUGCCAGCAGACUGAAGCAGCGUCAGAAGCGCAGCAGUAAGAGCUGGCAGAAGCGGUUGGAGGGCCGCAGCCAGCGCCCCCUGGUGGAGGACAACCUGCGAAGCCUGUUCGCUCUGCGCAUGCGCAUCGCCCGCAAGGCUAAAGUGGAGGCUAACCUGUCCGGCCUCUUCAACGAGCGCAAAAUACCCCACCACGUCGACCCAGAGGUGAACCUGAGGGACCUGUUCAGCAUUAAACCCCCUCAGAAGGUCAAGGGUUAG